UAUUUAAAUUACAACUAGACUUUGCAAGAUAAGGUAGUUUAGAAAGGCAUUCAACAACAAUUUGAACUAUCAUAAAUAGCUGAAGUAAAAUAGUUCAGUGUGAAAAACAGAUCUGCAGGAUGCUUAGUUUGAAAUCUAUCUUAAAACCAUACAGAACCACUUCAGAUCCACUAGAGUAUCUAUUAUAAAAAAGACAGACAGUAGCAAGUGUUGGUGAGAAUGGGGAAAGUGGAAACCUCAGACAUUGUUGGUGAGAUGUAAAGUGGCACAGCCACUUUGUAAAACAGUUUGACAGUUCCCUUUUUCCUCCUUUUUAAAUGUCCUUUAUAAAUUCUGAGAUGAUAUAUUCACGUACAAAGUAAAGUUAUAAUUGUUCCUUUAAACCUAGUCCUUCUUUUCACACAGAAUCCUGUCAUUCAAAUCUUUCUGCACUGGGACAAACAACUGAGGAUAUCUGACAAGGAAUCAAAUAGUGAAAAAGCAAGCAUGAAGUUUUCAAGCUUGUAUUGUUUUCUUCUGCUUCUCAUUUUUCAAACUGACUUUGGACAAAAUGAAGAAACUUCUAGGAAGGAAAGAAGGAAGAUGUAUUAUAGAAGACAGAGAAAAAGUUCCUCGCCCAUCCACAGAUCCAGUAGACAGCUUGGAAUUCAGCAAAUGAGGAUAGUUACACCAGCAGCAACACUUCCCAUGGUUAACUUGGAUUACAGUACGGAGGAAAAGUUUGAAUCCUUUUUAAGAUUUCCUGAAGUAGAAUCAAGCUAUAAUGUGUUACCAGGAAAGAAAGGACACUGUUUGGCAAAUGGGAUGACCAUGUAUAACAAAGCUGUAUGGUCUCCUGACCCCUGCACUACCUGCCUCUGCUCGAAUGGAAGAGUCCUUUGUGAUGAGACCAAGUGCCACCCUCAGAUGUGCCCCCAAACAGUUACACCUGAAGGAGAAUGCUGCCCCGUCUGCUCUGAUACUGUAGCCUCCUAUUUGCUACUCAGUAGUAUAGCAUUAAAUGACAGAACUGAAUUUUCUGGUGAUUCUUCAGAACAAAGAGAACCUACCAGUUUACUUCAUAAGCAACAGCCAUCUCCUUGGGUGGAAAUGCAUCAAGCACUGAGAAAAGAGGAACUUCAAUUUGAGGAGGAUGAAGAAGAAAUUAAACAAGAUGAAGAUAGGGAGCAAAAGGAAAAGAUCCCUAGACCUGGACAUUGGGGGAGACCUCCCAAUGAGGGACAGAGCAGAGAAGGGGGAGAGCAGAGACCUGGAGAGGAGGGGAGGCAGGCCCAUCAGCACAGAAACCCAGCAAGGGAGAAUGAGGAUGAGGACGAGGAUGAGGAUGACGAUGACGAUGACACCAUCAGAGGAGAUAUGUUCAGGAUGCCCUCUCAACUCCCAAUCCCAGCUACCCCCAGAGGCAUACCACCUCUGCCAAGUGGGUGUUCUCUGUCAUACAAAACCAUCUCCUGUAUCAGCGCCGACCUCACACAAAUACCACCUCUAACAGCACCAGAGAUAACAAGUCUGGAGCUCAUAGGCAAUUCUAUCACCUCCAUUCCAGAUGAAGCAUUUAAUGGAUUACCGAAUUUGGAAAGGCUUGAUCUGAGCAAAAAUAAUAUCACCUCUUCAGGCAUAGGUCCAAAAGCAUUCAAGCUUCUAGAGAAUUUAAUGCGCCUGAAUAUGGAUGGAAACAAUUUGGUAGCGAUUCCUUCAGAACUACCAUCUACAUUAGAAGAACUUAAAAUCAAUGAGAACAAUCUUCAGGUUAUUGAUGAAGAAAGUUUAUCAGACUUAAAUCAAUUGGUCACCUUAGAAUUGGAAGGAAACAGUCUCAGUGAAACCAAUGUCAAUUCUUUAGCUUUCAAACCUUUGAAGAGCCUAUCCUACCUGCGUCUGGGAAGAAAUAAAUUUAGAAUCAUACCUCAGGGUCUUCCUGCUUCUAUUGAGGAAUUAUACCUAGAAAAUAACCAAAUUGAAGAAAUAACUGAAAUUUCUUUUAAUCAUACCAGAAAGAUCAAUGUCAUUGUACUACGUUAUAAUAAAAUUGAAGAAAAUAGAAUUGCUCCUUUAGCCUGGAUAAAUCAAGAAAAUCUAGAAUCAAUUGACCUCUCCUACAACAAGCUCUACCAUGUCCCCUCCUAUCUACCCAAGUCGCUGCUGCACCUUGUGCUCAUUGGCAACCAGAUAGAGCGCAUCCCUGGCUUUGUGUUUGGCCACAUGGAACCAGGCCUGGAAUACCUGUACCUGUCAUUUAAUAAACUUGUGGAUGAUGGCAUAGACCAAGUUUCCUUCUAUGGGGCUUAUCAUUCUCUGCGAGAGCUGUUUCUGGAUCAUAAUGAAUUAAAAUCUAUACCACCUGGGGUACAAGAAAUGAAAGCACUACAUUUUCUGAGAUUGAACAACAACAAGAUACGGAAUAUUCUUCCAGAACAAAUUUGCAAUUCUGAAGAAGAUGGUGAUUCAACCCUGGAACAUCUUCAUCUUGAAAACAACUAUAUUAAAACAAGAGAAAUAUCAUCCUAUGCAUUUUCAUGCAUAAGAUCAUAUUCAAAUGUCAUUCUUAAACCACAAAAUAUCAAGUAAUUCCACGUUUUUCUUUGUCAUUUGUAAAUUAUACUCACAUAUCUGU